GAUUCCACUCCUGCCCAGCCUGACUCCAGAGAUGCUCCAGACAGCGACUUCGAAUGCGGACUGCAGCACAUACCACGUCAUCGUUGGGGCCCUGAGCAGCGUCUUUGAGCGGCUGACCUCGCUGAGACAGCAGGAGCUCACCCCAGUCUUGCUGGCCUACCUAAAGCAGAGCCAGGCAUCAGGCUCAACAUGUGGGUCCAACAGCGGCAGCCUCAGCACUUGUCUUUGGCAAUGCUUUGGCAAAUUCUCCAUCUACGUGGAUUACGAAGACCUGCGCGGGCUCAUCGAGGGCUUUGGCAGCUUUGAGGCACUGGACCUUCUGAGCGCCUCUCAAGUUGCCCAGCUGACACUAAGCUCCGGCGCGCUGAACAACGCGGAUCUGAUCGGCCUGGUCUUUGACCACCUGGAGGGCGGCAACGCUUUCCAGCACGUCGACGAGUUCUUGUCAGCUCUCACACGGACACCGCAGGCUUUGGACAUCAAUCCUGUGGUGAGGGACAUCAUGUUGAAUCGGGUCUUCUCCAUCAUCAGCCCUCAUUUUGAAGUCUUCGGGAGCCACGACUGGGUUUCCUGGUUCACUGUCAAACUGAUUCCACUCCUGCCCAGCCUGACUCCAGAGAUGCUCCAGACAGCGACUUCGAAUGCGGACUGCAGCACAUACCACGUCAUCGUUGGGGCCCUGAGCAGCGUCUUUGAGCGGCUGACCUCGCUGAGACAGCAGGAGCUCACCCCAGUUUUGCUGGCCUACCUAAAGCAGAGCCAGGCAUCAGGCUCAACAUGUGGGUCCAACAGCGGCAGCCUCAGCACUUGUCUUUGGCAAUGCUUUGGCAAAUUCUCCAUCUACGUGGAUUACGAAGACCUGCGCGGGCUCAUCGAGGGCUUUGGCAGCUUUGAGGCACUGGACCUUCUGAGCGCCUCUCAAGUUGCCCAGCUGACACUAAGCUCCGGCGCGCUGAACAACGCAGAUCUGAUCGGCCUGGUCUUUGACCGCCUGGAGGGCGGCAACGCUUUCCAGCACGUCGACGAGUUCUUGUCAGCUCUCACACGGACACCGCAGGCUUUGGACAUCAAUCCUGUGGUGAGGGACAUCAUGUUGAAUCGGGUCUUCUCCAUCAUCAGCCCUCAUUUUGAAGUCUUCGGGAGCCACGACUGGGUUUCCUGGUUCACUGUCAAACUGAUUCUGCUCCUGCCCAGCCUGACUCCAGAGAUGCUCCAGACAGCGACUUCGAACGUGGACUGCAGCACAUACCACGUCAUUGUUGGUGCCCUGAGCAGCAUCUUUGAGCAGCUGACCUUGCUGAGACAGCAGGAGAUCACAGCUGUUCUGGUGGGCUACUUGAAGCAACAUCAUGGAUCGGUUUGCCAGGUUGAUUCCACAACUGAUUCUUCAUGGAUGCAUAUCAACUUUGGCCUAUUUUGUAGACAUGUCGCAUAUACCAAUUUAAAGGAGAUGAAAAUUAACAUGACAACUGUUUCUGAUGGCUCCACAACCAUUGCAGUUCCUAGUGAUCUGUCAAGCACAACUGUAUCUCCAGGCCUUUCAAGCAAAGCAGUUCUAUCCAGUCUGUUAACCACAACAGUUCCUACUAGUCCCACAAGCACGGCUGUUGCUACUGAUCCGUCAAACAGAAGUGUUCCGAAAGAUGAUUCAGACAUCUCAGGUCGUACCGAUCAGUUAAGCACAACUAUAGCUAUCGGUCCCUCAGCUACUACAGUUCCUAAAGAUCUUUCAGACAGAACCGUUGUUUCAGGCCCUUCAACCUCCCCAGUGCCUACUUAUCAGUCAAGCACAGUGGCUCCUCAUGCUACUGUAACCGCCACUGUCUCUACUGAUGUGUCAAGCACGACUGUACCCAAUCAUCUUUCAGAUAGUACAAUUCCCAACAUUACAUCACUCACAACUACUCCAUCUGGCCAAUCAAGCAGUGCAGUUCACACCGAUUUAUCGAGUACAACCAUUUCUACUGCUAUUUCAAACAACGGACGUUCUACGCGUGUAUCAAUCACAGCUGCUCCUAAUAGUCCUUCAAGCACCCCAGGCCACACCGAUUCAUCAAGCACAAGCACUCCUGAUUAUUUUUCAAACAAAGCAUUCCCUACUGAUCAACCAAGCACAACCGUUCAUACUGGAACUUUUACCACUGCAGUUUCUUCUGGUCUGUCAAGCACAACUGCUUCUAAUGGUUCUGUCAAAACUAAAGAUGCUUUGAAUUCAUCAAAGACUUCUGUUCCUGAUGGUUCCACAACUGCUGAGGUUCCUACUGCUCAGGCAAGCACAAGUGUUCUGACAGGCCCUUCAGCCUCUACUUAUCAAUCGAGCACAAUUGUUCCCCAUGGUACUAUAAACACCAAUGAGGCUACUGAUCUGUCAAGCAUACCUGUACCUAAUCAUCUUUCAGAUACUUCAGUUUCAAACAAUAUAUCGAUGACAACUGCUCCAUCUGGCCAGUCAAGCAAUACAGUUCACACUGAUUUAUCAAGCACAUCCAUUUCUCCUGCUAUUUCAAACAAUGUUCUUUCUACAGAUGUAUCAGUCACAACUGCCCCUGAUGGCCUUUCAAGCACCACAGACCACAGUGAUCCAUCGAACACAGCUGCUUCCAAUCAGUUUUCGAACAAUGCUGACAACCAACUAAGCACAACUGUCCACACUGGAACUUCGACCACUGUGGUUCCUAGUGAUCUGUCAAACACAACCAUUUCUUAUGGUCCCGCCAUCAGUAAAGAUCCUUUGGAUUCACCAAAGACAACUGUUUCUGAUGGCUCCACAACCAUUGCAGUUCCUAGUGAUCUGUCAAGCACAACUGUAUCUCCAGGCCUUUCAAGCAAAGCAGUUCUAUCCAGUCUGUUAACCACAACAGUUCCUACUAGUCCCACAAGCACGGCUGUUGCUACUGAUCCGUCAAACAGAAGUGUUCCUAAAGAUGAUUCAGACAUCUCAGGUCGUACCGAUCAGUUAAGCACAACUAUAGCUAUCGGUCCCUCAGCUACUACAGUUCCUAAAGAUCUUUCAGACAGAACCGUUGUUUCAGGCCCUUCAACCUCCCCAGUGCCUACUUAUCAGUCAAGCACAGUGGCUCCUCAUGCUACUGUAACCGCCACUGUCUCUACUGAUGUGUCAAGCACGACUGUACCCAAUCAUCUUUCAGAUAGUACAAUUCCCAACAUUACAUCACUCACAACUACUCCAUCUGGCCAAUCAAGCAGUGCAGUUCACACCGAUUUAUCGAGUACAACCAUUUCUACUGCUAUUUCAAACAACGGACGUUCUACGCGUGUAUCAAUCACAGCUGCUCCUAAUAGUCCUUCAAGCACCCCAGGCCACACCGAUGCAUCAAGCACAAGCACUCCUGAUUAUUUUUCAAACAAAGCAUUCCCUACUGAUAACCAAGCACAACCGUUCAUACUGGAACUGUUUACCACUGCAGUUUCUUCUGGUCUGUCAAGCACAACUGCUUCUAAUGGUUCUGUCAAAACUAAAGAUGCUUUGAGUUCAUCAAAGACUUCUGUUCCUGAUGGUUCCACAACUGCUGAGGUUCCUACUGCUCAGGCAAGCACAAGUGUUCUGACAGGCCCUUCAGCCUCUACUUAUCAAUCGAGCACAAUUGUUCCCCAUGGUACUAUAAACACCGAUGAGGCUACUGAUCUGUCAAGCAUACCUGUACCUAAUCAUCUUUCAGAUACUUCAGUUUCAAACAAUAUAUCAAUGACAACUGCUCCAUCUGGCCAGUCAAGCAAUACAGUUCACACUGAUUUAUCAAGCACAUCCAUUUCUCCUGCUAUUUCAAACAAUGUUCUUUCUACAGAUGUAUCAGUCACAACUGCCCCUGAUGGCCUUUCAAGCACCACAGACCACAGUGAUCCAUCGAACACAGCUGCUUCCAAUCAGUUUUCGGACAAUGCUGACAACCAACUAAGCACAACUGUCCACACUGGAACUUCGACCACUGUGGUUCCUAGUGAUCUGUCAAACACAACCAUUUCUUAUGGUCCCGCCAUCAGUAAAGAUCCUUUGGAUUCACCAAAGACAACUGUUUCUGAUGGCUCCACAACCAUUGCAGUUCCUAGUGAUCUGUCAAGCACAACUGUAUCUCCAGGCCUUUCAAGCAAAGCAGUUCUAUCCAGUCUGUUAACCACAACAGUUCCUACUAGUCCCACAAGCACGGCUGUUGCUACUGAUCCGUCAAACAGAAGUGUUCCUAAAGAUGAUUCAGACAUCUCAGGUCGUACCGAUCAGUUAAGCACAACUAUAGCUAUCGGUCCCUCAGCUACUACAGUUCCUAAAGAUCUUUCAGACAGAACCGUUGUUUCAGGCCCUUCAACCUCCCCAGUGCCUACUUAUCAGUCAAGCACAGUGGCUCCUCAUGCUACUGUAACCGCCACUGUCUCUACUGAUGUGUCAAGCAUGACUGUACCCAAUCAUCUUUCAGAUAGUACAAUUCCCAACAUUACAUCACUCACAACUACUCCAUCUGGCCAAUCAAGCAGUGCAGUUCACACCGAUUUAUCGAGUACAACCAUUUCUACUGCUAUUUCAAACAACGGACGUUCUACGCGUGUAUCAAUCACAGCUGCUCCUAAUAGUCCUUCAAGCACCCCAGGCCACACCGAUGCAUCAAGCACAAGCACUCCUGAUUAUUUUUCAAACAAAGCAUUCCCUACUGAUCAACCAAGCACAACCGUUCAUACUGGAACUUUUACCACUGCAGUUUCUUCUGGUCUGUCAAGCACAACUGCUUCUAAUGGUUCUGUCAAAACUAAAGAUGCUUUGAAUUCAUCAAAGACUUCUGUUCCUGAUGGUUCCACAACUGCUGAGGUUCCUACUGCUCAGGCAAGCACAAGUGUUCUGACAGGCCCUUCAGCCUCUACUUAUCAAUCGAGCACAAUUGUUCCCCAUGGUACUAUAAACACCAAUGAGGCUACUGAUCUGUCAAGCAUACCUGUACCUAAUCAUCUUUCAGAUACUUCAGUUUCAAACAAGAUAUCGAUGACAACUGCUCCAUCUGGCCAGUCAAGCAAUACAGUUCACACUGAUUUAUCAAGCACAUCCAUUUCUCCUGCUAUUUCAAACAAUGUUCUUUCUACAGAUGUAUCAGUCACAACUGCCCCUGAUGGCCUUUCAAGCACCACAGACCACAGUGAUCCAUCGAACACAGCUGCUUCCAAUCAGUUUUCGGACAAUGCUGACAACCAACUAAGCACAACUGUCCACACUGGAACUUCGACCACUGUGGUUCCUAGUGAUCUGUCAAACACAACCAUUUCUUAUGGUCCCGCCAUCAGUAAAGAUCCUUUGGAUUCACCAAAGACAACUGUUUCUGAUGGCUCCACAACCAUUGCAGUUCCUAGUGAUCUGUCAAGCACAACUGUAUCUCCAGGCCUUUCAAGCAAAGCAGUUCUAUCCAGUCUGUUAACCACAACAGUUCCUACUAGUCCCACAAGCACGGCUGUUGCUACUGAUCCGUCAAACAGAAGUGUUCCUAAAGAUGAUUCAGACAUCUCAGGUCGUACCGAUCAGUUAAGCACAACUAUAGCUAUCGGUCCCUCAGCUACUACAGUUCCUAAAGAUCUUUCAGACAGAACCGUUGUUUCAGGCCCUUCAACCUCCCCAGUGCCUACUUAUCAGUCAAGCACAGUGGCUCCUCAUGCUACUGUAACCGCCACUGUCUCUACUGAUGUGUCAAGCACGACUGUACCCAAUCAUCUUUCAGAUAGUACAAUUCCCAACAUUACAUCACUCACAACUACUCCAUCUGGCCAAUCAAGCAGUGCAGUUCACACCGAUUUAUCGAGUACAACCAUUUCUACUGCUAUUUCAAACAACGGACGUUCUACGCGUGUAUCAAUCACAGCUGCUCCUAAUAGUCCUUCAAGCACCCCAGGCCACACCGAUGCAUCAAGCACAAGCACUCCUGAUUAUUUUUCAAACAAAGCAUUCCCUACUGAUCAACCAAGCACAACCGUUCAUACUGGAACUUUUACAACUGCAGUUUCUUCUGGUCUGUCAAGCACAACUGCUUCUAAUGGUUCUGUCAAAACUAAAGAUGCUUUGAAUUCAUCAAAGACUUCUGUUCCUGAUGGUUCCACAACUGCUGAGGUUCCUACUGCUCAGGCAAGCACAAGUGUUCUGACAGGCCCUUCAGCCUCUACUUAUCAAUCGAGCACAAUUGUUCCCCAUGGUACUAUAAACACCAAUGAGGCUACUGAUCUGUCAAGCAUACCUGUACCUAAUCAUCUUUCAGAUACUUCAGUUUCAAACAAUAUAUCAAUGACAACUGCUCCAUCUGGCCAGUCAAGCAAUACAGUUCACACUGAUUUAUCAAGCACAUCCAUUUCUCCUGCUAUUUCAAACAAUGUUCUUUCUACAGAUGUAUCAGUCACAACUGCCCCUGAUGGCCUUUCAAGCACCACAGACCACAGUGAUCCAUCGAACACAGCUGCUUCCAAUCAGUUUUCGGACAAUGCUGACAACCAACUAAGCACAACUGUCCACACUGGAACUUCGACCACUGUGGUUCCUAGUGAUCUGUCAAACACAACCAUUUCUUAUGGUCCCGCCAUCAGUAAAGAUCCUUUGGAUUCACCAAAGACAACUGUUUCUGAUGGCUCCACAACCAUUGCAGUUCCUAGUGAUCUGUCAAGCACAACUGUAUCUCCAGGCCUUUCAAGCAAAGCAGUUCUAUCCAGUCUGUUAACCACAACAGUUCCUACUAGUCCCGCAAGCACGGCUGUUGCUACUGAUCCGUCAAACAGAAGUGUUCCUAAAGAUGAUUCAGACAUCUCAGGUCGUACCGAUCAGUUAAGCACAACUAUAGCUAUCGGUCCCUCAGCUACUACAGUUCCUAAAGAUCUUUCAGACAGAACCGUUGUUUCAGGCCCUUCAACCUCCCCAGUGCCUACUUAUCAGUCAAGCACAGUGGCUCCUCAUGCUACUGUAACCGCCACUGUCUCUACUGAUGUGUCAAGCACGACUGUACCCAAUCAUCUUUCAGAUAGUACAAUUCCCAACAUUACAUCACUCACAACUACUCCAUCUGGCCAAUCAAGCAGUGCAGUUCACACCGAUUUAUCGAGUACAACCAUUUCUACUGCUAUUUCAAACAACGGACGUUCUACGCGUGUAUCAAUCACAGCUGCUCCUAAUAGUCCUUCAAGCACCCCAGGCCACACCGAUGCAUCAAGCACAAGCACUCCUGAUUAUUUUUCAAACAAAGCAUUCCCUACUGAUCAACCAAGCACAACCGUUCAUACUGGAACUUUUACCACUGCAGUUUCUUCUGGUCUGUCAAGCACAACUGCUUCUAAUGGUUCUGUCAAAACUAAAGAUGCUUUGAAUUCAUCAAAGACUUCUGUUCCUGAUGGUUCCACAACUGCUGAGGUUCCUACUGCUCAGGCAAGCACAAAUGUAUCAGUCACAACUGCCCCUGAUGGCCUUUCAAGCACCACAGACCACAGUGAUCCAUCGAACACAGCUGCUUCCAAUCAGUUUUCGGACAAUGCUGACAACCAACUAAGCACAACUGUCCACACUGGAACUUCGACCACUGUGGUUCCUAGUGAUCUGUCAAACACAACCAUUCCUAGUGAUCUGUCAAGCACAACUGUAUCUCCAGGCCUUUCAAGCAAAGCAGUUCUAUCCAGUCUGUUAACCACAACAGUUCCUACUAGUCCCACAAGCACGGCUGUUGCUACUGAUCCGUCAAACAGAAGUGUUCCUAAAGAUGAUUCAGACAUCUCAGAUGUAUCAGUCACAACUGCCCCUGAUGGCCUUUCAAGCACCACAGACCACAGUGAUCCAUCGAACACAGCUGCUUCCAAUCAGUUUUCGGACAAUGCUGACAACCAACUAAGCACAACUGUCCACACUGGAACUUCGACCACUGUGGUUCCUAUUCCUAGUGAUCUGUCAAGCACAACUGUAUCUCCAGGCCUUUCAAGCAAAGCAGUUCUAUCCAGUCUGUUAACCACAACAGUUCCUACUAGUCCCACAAGCACGGCUGUUGCUACUGAUCCGUCAAACAGAAGUGUUCCUAAAGAUGAUUCAGACAUCUCAGGUCGUACCGAUCAGUUAAGCACAACUAUAGCUAUCGGUCCCUCAGCUACUACAGUUCCUAAAGAUCUUUCAGACAGAACCGUUGUUUCAGGCCCUUCAACCUCCCCAGUGCCUACUUAUCAGUCAAGCACAGUGGCUCCUCAUGCUACUGUAACCGCCACUGUCUCUACUGAUGUGUCAAGCACGACUGUACCCAAUCAUCUUUCAGAUAGUACAAUUCCCAACAUUACAUCACUCACAACUACUCCAUCUGGCCAAUCAAGCAGUGCAGUUCACACCGAUUUAUCGAGUACAACCAUUUCUACUGCUAUUUCAAACAACGGACGUUCUACGCGUGUAUCAAUCACAGCUGCUCCUAAUAGUCCUUCAAGCACCCCAGGCCACACCGAUGCAUCAAGCACAAGCACUCCUGAUUAUUUUUCAAACAAAGCAUUCCCUACUGAUCAACCAAGCACAACCGUUCAUACUGGAACUUUUACCACUGCAGUUUCUUCUGGUCUGUCAAGCACAACUGCUUCUAAUGGUUCUGUCAAAACUAAAGAUGCUUUGAAUUCAUCAAAGACUUCUGUUCCUGUUGGUUCCACAACUGCUGAGGUUCCUACUGCUCAGGCAAGCACAAGUGUUCUGACAGGCCCUUCAGCCUCUACUUAUCAAUCGAGCACAAUUGUUCCCCAUGGUACUAUAAACACCAAUGAGGCUACUGAUCUGUCAAGCAUACCUGUACCUAAUCAUCUUUCAGAUACUUCAGUUUCAAACAAGAUAUCAAUGACAACUGCUCCAUCUGGCCAGUCAAGCAAUACAGUUCACACUGAUUUAUCAAGCACAUCCAUUUCUCCUGCUAUUUCAAACAAUGUUCUUUCUACAGAUGUAUCAGUCACAACUGCCCCUGAUGGCCUUUCAAGCACCACAGACCACAGUGAUCCAUCGAACACAGCUGCUUCCAAUCAGUUUUCGAACAAUGCUGACAACCAACUAAGCACAACUGUCCACACUGGAACUUCGACCACUGUGGUUCCUAGUGAUCUGUCAAACACAACCAUUUCUUAUGGUCCCGCCAUCAGUAAAGAUCCUUUGGAUUCACCAAAGAGAACUGUUUCUGAUGGCUCCACAACCAUUGCAGUUCCUAGUGAUCUGUCAAGCACAACUGUAUCUCCAGGCCUUUCAAGCAAAGCAGUUCUAUCCAGUCUGUUAACCACAACAGUUCCUACUAGUCCCACAAGCACGGCUGUUGCUACUGAUCCGUCAAACAGAAGUGUUCCUAAAGAUGAUUCAGACAUCUCAGGUCGUGCCGAUCAGUUAAGCACAACUAUAGCUAUCGGUCCCUCAGCUACUACAGUUCCUAAAGAUCUUUCAGACAGAACCGUUGUUUCAGGCCCUUCAACCUCCCCAGUGCCUACUUAUCAGUCAAGCACAGUGGCUCCUCAUGCUACUGUAACCACCACUGUCUCUACUGAUGUGUCAAGCACGACUGUACCCAAUCAUCUUUCAGAUAGUACAAUUCCCAACAUUACAUCACUCACAACUACUCCAUCUGGCCAAUCAAGCAGUGCAGUUCACACCGAUUUAUCGAGUACAACCAUUUCUACUGCUAUUUCAAACAACGGACGUUCUACGCAUGUAUCAAUCACAGCUGCUCCUAAUAGUCCUUCAAGCACCCCAGGCCACACCGAUGCAUCAAGCACAAGCACUCCUGAUUAUUUUUCAAACAAAGCAUUCCCUACUGAUCAACCAAGCACAACCGUUCAUACUGGAACUUUUACCACUGCAGUUUCUUCUGGUCUGUCAAGCACAACUGCUUCUAAUGGUUCUGUCAAAACUAAAGAUGCUUUGAAUUCAUCAAAGACUUCUGUUCCUGUUGGUUCCACAACUGCUGAGGUUCCUACUGCUCAGGCAAGCACAAGUGUUCUGACAGGCCCUUCAGCCUCUACUUAUCAAUCGAGCACAAUUGUUCCCCAUGGUACUAUAAACACCAAUGAGGCUACUGAUCUGUCAAGCAUACCUGUACCUAAUCAUCUUUCAGAUACUUCAGUUUCAAACAAUAUAUCAAUGACAACUGCUCCAUCUGGCCAGUCAAGCAAUACAGUUCACACUGAUUUAUCAAGCACAUCCAUUUCUCCUGCUAUUUCAAACAAUGUUCUUUCUACAGAUGUAUCAGUCACAACUGCCCCUGAUGGUCUUUCAAGCACCACAGACCACAGUGAUCCAUCGAACACAGCUGCUUCCAAUCAGUUUUCGGACAAUGCUGACAACCAACUAAGCACAACUGUCCACACUGGAACUUCGACCACUGUGGUUCCUAGUGAUCUGUCAAACACAACCAUUUCUUAUGGUCCCGCCAUCAGUAAAGAUCCUUUGGAUUCACCAAAGACAACUGUUUCUGAUGGCUCCACAACCAUUGCAGUUCCUAGUGAUCUGUCAAGCACAACUGUAUCUCCAGGCCUUUCAAGCAAAGCAGUUCUAUCCAGUCUGUUAACCACAACAGUUCCUACUAGUCCCACAAGCACGGCUGUUGCUACUGAUCCGUCAAACAGAAGUGUUCCUAAAGAUGAUUCAGACAUCUCAGGUCGUACCGAUCAGUUAAGCACAACUAUAGCUAUCGGUCCCUCAGCUACUACAGUUCCUAAAGAUCUUUCAGACAGAACCGUUGUUUCAGGCCCUUCAACCUCCCCAGUGCCUACUUAUCAGUCAAGCACAGUGGCUCCUCAUGCUACUGUAACCGCCACUGUCUCUACUGAUGUGUCAAGCACGACUGUACCCAAUCAUCUUUCAGAUAGUACAAUUCCCAACAUUACAUCACUCACAACUACUCCAUCUGGCCAAUCAAGCAGUGCAGUUCACACCGAUUUAUCGAAUGUAUCAGUCACAACUGCCCCUGAUGGCCUUUCAAGCACCACAGACCACAGUGAUCCAUCGAACACAGCUGCUUCCAAUCAGUUUUCGGACAAUGCUGACAACCAACUAAGCACAACUGUCCACACUGGAACUUCGACCACUGUGGUUCCUAGUGAUCUGUCAAAAACACAACCAUUUCUUAUGGUCCCGCCAUCAACUUCUGUUCCUGAUGGUUCCACAACUGCUGAGGUUCCUACUGCUCAGGCAAGCACAAGUGUUCUGACAGGCCCUUCAGCCUCUACUUAUCAAUCGAGCACAAUUGUUCCCCAUGAUGUAUCAGUCACAACUGCCCCUGAUGGCCUUUCAAGCACCACAGACCACAGUGAUCCAUCGAACACAGCUGCUUCCAAUCAGUUUUCGGACAAUGCUGACAACCAACUAAGCACAACUGUCCACACUGGAACUUCGACCACUGUGGUUCCUAGUGAUCUGUCAAACACAACCAUUUCUUAUGGUCCCGCCAUCAGUAAAGAUCCUUUGGAUUCACCAAAGACAACUGUUUCUGAUGGCUCCACAACCAUUUCAGUUCCUAGUGAUCUGUCAAGCACAACUGUAUCUCCAGGCCUUUCAAGCAAAGCAGUUCUAUCCAGUCUGUUAACCACAACAGUUCCUACUAGUCCCACAAGCACGGCUGUUGCUACUGAUCCGUCAAACAGAAGUGUUCCUAAAGAUGAUUCAGACAUCUCAGCACCCCGGCAAGGGUAUAAAGCUGGCCCAAUGUUCUACGACUGGGAAGAAAACCGCAUUGUUCCUCCUGAAUCCAAGGUUAGACUAUCAGCCGAAUUCUCCUCUCCAGAACCCUGGCAUAGACUUUCCCAGGAAGGCUGA